AUGGGACCGAAGGGGCCAAGGGCCGAAGGGGCGAAGGGGCGAAGGGCCGAAGGGCCGAAGGAGCAGGCAGGGCCGACCACGCGCCUCGUCCAUUCGCGUGCCUCGUCCCAUUCACGUGGCCACCAGCGAGAAAGGGAGACGUUGCUGUCGAAAAACGGCAAAAUCAAAUGGUCCUCCGCGGCCUAUCGCGGCCCGGACCGACCCCGCGCCAUCCGCCCGCCCUGCCCCGCCGUGACGCCGGGCCCCACGGCCUACGCCGCGUCGCGAGCGCUCGACAUCGAGUCCGCCUUCCGGCUGUUUGUCACACCGGCGAUAGAAAGGAUCAUCGUGGACAUGACCAAUCUGCAGGGGGUGAGAAAAUACGGAGACGGCUGGCGACCCAUGGACUCCACCGACCUGCGCGCCUACGUAGGGCUGCUGAUCCUAGCCGGCGUCUACAGGUCCCGAGGCGAGGCCGCGGCCAGCCUGUGGGACGCCGAGAGCGGCAGGACCGUGUUCCGCGCCACCAUGCCGCUCAAGGCGUUUCACAAGUACUCGAGGCUGCUGCGAUUCGACGACCGCCAGUCGAGACCCGCGAGACUCGCCACAGACAGACUGGCGGCCGUGAGAGAGGUGUGGGACCUGUGGGAGGAGCGGCUGCAGGCCCUCUACAACCCGGGGCCCGAAGUGACGGUGGACGAACAACUGGUCCCGUUCAGAGGACGCUGUCCUUUCCGACAGUACAUUCCCAGCAAGCCGGCCAAAUACGGCAUCAAGUCGUGGGUGGCCUGCGACGCCAAGUCCAGCUACGCUUGGAAGAUGCAAGUGUACACCGGCAAGGCGGCCGGCGGAUGCCCCGAGAAGAACCAGGGCGCGCGCGUCGUCCUCGAUCUGACCGAGGGACUGCCGGCCGGUCACAACGUCACGUGUGACAAUUUCUUCACCUCCUACGAACUCGGGCAGCGGCUCCUCGAGAGGAACCUCACCAUGGUGGGCACGGUGCGAAAGAACAAGCCCGAGCUCCCUCCCGCGCUGCUCCAGUCCAAGGGCAGACAGGUCUCGUCCUCCAGGUUCGCCUUCACGCCCACCGCCACUCUAGUGUCCUACCUGGCAAAGAGAAAUAAGAACGUGCUGCUUCUGAGCACGCGGCACGCGGAGCCCGACGUCAGCGAUCGCCGAGACCGGAAGCCGGCCCUCAUCCUAGACUACAACUGCAACAAGGGCGGCGUGGACAACCUAGACAAGGUGGUCGGGACCUACAGCUGCAGACGGAUGACCGCCCGCUGGCCCCUGGUCAUCUUCCACAACAUCCUCGACGUGUCCUCCUACAACGCCUUUGUCAUAUGGCGAGAGAUCAACCCCGACUGGAUGCCCGGGAAGCGGAACAAGAGGAGGGUGUUCCUGGAGCAGCUCGGAAAGGCGCUCGUGAAGCCCUUGAUCCAAAGAAGGCAGCGUCUCCCCCGCACCGAAGCCGCGUCCGCACUUGUCAAAGUCAUACGUGGCGAGCGUGUAUCCGCCGAGGCUCGUCCGCAGGCCCGCGAGCGAGCCGCCGGCCCGGCCGCUGCCGCCACCCCGGCCGCCCCGCUGGGGGCGAGUAAGAGGAAGAGGUGUCAGCACAGUGUAAUCAGUGAUGGACCUGUGCUUGAAGAAGACUACCUGGGUGUGGAUGGGGGACUUGACCUUGACGGAGAAUAUCGUGGUAUGGAUGGGGGACCUGAGUUUGACGGGGAAAAUGGGGUUAUGAACGGAGGCCCUGAGUUUGUGAACGGAGGCCCUGAGUUUGACAGACCCGGAUUACAAGGAAAAUCUAGAGUGGCCCGCUCUAUCCAAGGUGGUUCGGAUGACCACUCUAUGCCUGACCUCAUUGGGGUAGAGAAAGGUUAUUGCUACAGGAACAUUUUGCGCUACUACGGAAAAGGAAAGCCUGACGUCUCAGUGUUCUCUGUGGUGUUUAACUGGAAGACAACGUCUACUCAGUCUCUAAUACCCAGUGGAUCACAAUACAAGGCAGGUGUACAGAUCUUGGUGAAUUGUGCAUCUGGAAGAGACAUGGAUGGUCCCGGAACAGCCGUGGUAGAUCGGCCUUACUACGCAGCCUGUCCUGUGGACUGUACCGGAUACAACGUGAACACUGGUGCCAGACUACAUUCCCUGGGUCUCAGUGUACUGAAGACUGAAGGUGUGAGGAUGAUGGACUUGUCAUCGGUGUCACUGAAUCUGACACUGCUCCGAGAAAGUAUGGGGGAGAUGUAA